CGCAGCCGUGAUCCGCGUGGAUCGUCCGUGUGGAUCUCCGGUCGGGCACCAUGUCCACCCGGUACAGCCCGAGGCGUGCGCUUCUGCGCGCGGUCUGCGCGCAUGUUGUGUCCGUGCUGACUGUCUGCUGCGCCGGGGGGCUCUUUACAGCCGCUGCCUAUCCGAAUCAACACGACACGCUGGAGCAUUAUGACAUAAUCGAACCACACCUGCUCAUCGGAGGACAGCAGAGACCAGUUAGUCUCAUAAAGUCAAUGGGUCAUCCUGGAUCACUGAAGGUGCUAAUAGAAGUGGAUGGAGAGCAACUGCUACUUGAUUUGCAGAAAAAUGAAGGGCUGUUUGCUAGUCACUACACAGAAACACACUACCUGGAGGAUGGAAGUGCUGUCACCACCUCACCGAAUGUCAAGAUUCACUGCUACUAUCAUGGUGAGGUGGAGGGUCACUCGGGGUCAGAGGUCAGCCUCAGCACCUGCACAGGACUCAGGGGACUGAUUUCACUUGAACAUAAAGUGUAUAUACUGGAGCCGAUGGAAGAGGGAAACACACAUCGGCUUUACAGAGGAGACGAUCUUAAACUCACCCAGGGAACCUGCGGACACGGUCACAACAUUUCAUACCCUACAGAGAUGACGAACACUACAGGAGCCGUCUUCAGCUCUCACAGCAGGAGGCAUAAAAGAGACGCCCAGAGCAGCACCAAGCAUGUGGAGUUGAUAAUCGUCGCAGACAACCGCGAGUAUCAGAAACAGGGGAAAGAUGUGGAGAAAGUGAAACAGAGGCUUGCUGAAAUAGCAAACUACGUGGACAAGUUUUACAGAUCGCUGAAUAUCCGUGUGGCUCUGGUGGGGCUGGAGGUGUGGAGUGACGGAGACAAAUGCUCCAUCACACAGGAUCCGUUCACAUCGCUCCACGAGUUCCUGGACUGGAGAAAACUCAAGCUGCUCCCGCAGAGACCCCACGAUAACGCUCAGCUCAUCAGUGGCGUUUACUUCCAGGGCACCACCAUCGGCAUGGCUCCCAUUAUGAGCAUGUGCACUGCAGAGCAGUCAGGGGGCAUCGUCAUGGAUCACUCCGAUGACCCUCUUGGCGCUGCGGUUACUUUGGCCCAUGAACUCGGACACAAUUUUGGCAUGAACCACGACACGCCGGAGCGCGGCUGCGGCUGCAGAGCCACCGUGGACCGCGGCGGGUGUAUAAUGACCCCAUCCACUGGGUACCCUUUCCCUACAGUCUUCAGUACAUGCAGUAAGAAGGAUCUCGCUGCAAGUUUGGAGAAAGGUGUGGGCAUGUGUUUGUUCAACAUGCCGGAGGUAAAGGUGCUCUACGGAGGCCAGAAAUGUGGAAACGGAUAUGUCGAGGAGGGAGAGCAGUGCGAUUGCGGAGAUGUGGAGGAGUGUCUGAAUCCCUGCUAUGCUAAAUGUGGGAAAAUACAGUGUCAGGGCGGAGCCAACCGACCGGUGAUUGGCACCAAUGCUGUCUCCAUAGAAACCAACAUCCCGCUCCAGGAAGGAGGGCGUAUCCUCUGCCGUGGGACUCAUGUGUACCUGGGAGACGACAUGCCGGAUCCGGGCCUCGUGCUCACCGGCACCAAGUGUGGAGAAAACAUGAUGUGUAUAAACAGACAGUGUCAGAACAUCAGUGUGCUCGGGGUUCACGACUGUUCGGCCAAGUGCAGCGGACACGGGGUUUGUAAUAAUAAUGAGAACUGUCACUGUGAGUCACUCUGGGCUCCUCCGUUCUGUGAUAAAGCUGGGUUUGGAGGCAGUAUGGACAGCGGCCCGAUGAGACCAACAGACAGCAGCAGUGUGACGGUGGGCAUCCUGGUGGCGUUUCUGUGUCUGCUGUGUGUUGGAAUAAUCGUGUGCAUUAAGAGGAAAACUCUCAGUCUGUUCUCCAGCAAUAAGAAGAACACCAUCGAAAAACUGAGGUCUGUGGGACCCAACAGACUGAACAGUCCAGCACACACACUCUCAUCUGCUCACACACACACUGGGACUCAAACAUACUCCACGUACAGAACGUCUCCUCAAUGCCAGACUUCAGCUUUACUACAAAGUGGCAGCAUAUAUAAGCCCCAGUCUCCUCUCCAGACGGUGGACUCUGUGGUUCCGUCUCAUGGUCUCCGCCGGCUGCCCCCGUGCCCUCUGGUCCACCUCUCUCACCCGCUGCCGCUGGCACUCGGCCUGCCACUGACGCCACCACACACACACUCGACUCCACCCAGAGCCCCUCCACCAGCACUCACACACACAUCCGCUCCAGCAGCGGGAGCGGCCGGCCGUAGCCUGGCCUGCCAAAACGUCUGCAAGAUCGCCAUGGCAUUCGAGAAGCCCAGUCCACCCCAGAAGCCUCUUCCCGCAGACCCGCUGAGUGGAAACGUCAGAGUGAUUCGGACCCCGUCUGCCGUGCGACUUCCAGCUCCCAUCCCGACCCCAGCCGCCCCGCGACCCGCUCCGCCUCACCCACAGCCCUCCAGGCCUCCUCCUAAACAGCCGCCCACCCUGCCAAAGCCUCACUUCACAGCCGGAGUGAAGUUCAGCAGCUGAGAGACGGACAGAAGUGAUCUCAUCCCUGGAGACGCUUGCUUUUUGCACUAUGAACCUCUGCGGGACACAUGGUGAUGCGAGGGGUGACCUUUGACCCCCGCGGUGCUCUCCCUUUAAACGGUGCUAUGAGUCCAAGCUCAGGUACAUGUCACGCGUUAUUUAUGUCGGUUACCAGCGUAUUUAUUUGAGCACAGUGCACUGUGGUUGACACUUUCUCAAUCGUAGCAACUGGUGGUUCACCCACGUUUACCUGGUUGUCCUGUUGUCGUUGUUGCUAUUGUUGUUUUGACAUUUUUCGACUGUGUACCAGCAGAUAAAGAUGAGACGUGUUAUCUGUGAACAUGAACCACAUCAUUUGGACGCUAAACUGGAUUGAAAACCAGAUUUAAAUGGAAACGUGAAUUGGGAGUUGAUGGUUCUGUAUUUGUGAUGUCAUUUGGUAUAUGAAAAGGGCUUUUUAAUAAUUUCAUAUGAUUUAAUGGCCAUUUUUAUUAUAUAUUUCAGACAUGCAUGAUUAAACCUGAAGUACAAUUGCAGUGAUGCUUAAGGGAUGUUGAAGACACCUACUGUAUAUGAAUAUUAUCUCACAAUAACAUG